AUGCAGGAAAAGCGAAGACGGCGACGGGAAUCUCACAACGCCGUUGAGCGGCGCCGUCGGGACAACAUCAACGAAAAGAUCCAGGAGCUUGCCACCCUGCUCCCCGACUUUGCCAGCGACCCCCAGAACAAGCCCAACAAGGGCGUCAUCCUCCGCAAGUCCGUCGAGUACAUCCGGCAGGUCAACAUCCUGGCACAGAAGCAGAGCGACCGUGUCCGGGAGCUCGAGGAUGCCCUCCGCAAGCUCUUGGCCGAAACCGGAGCUCAGGAGCGCGAUCUCGGCCUCUCGCUCCCGCUCGGCACCACCCUCGAUCUGGCCACCAUCAUUAGCUCGAUGCCCCAGCCCAGCGUCAGCUACACCGCAUCCUCCGCGAUGGAUGCCAUGAUGGAUUAG